AUGCCCUCUCCGCUAACUCGCGACGAAGACAGACUAUCGCCUUCUCGUUUCUCCCCCCCUCCUCCUAUCCCUAACCCCGACUCUCUUGCAUCAUCAAUAACAGCGACUACAACAACCAUACCGAACCCUGACCUCCUGCGACCAUUCUCCCGCUCCCCUCACCCCUACCACCGCACCGGCCACGGCCAAAGCGAACGACUCCGUCACCCGGGCUGGUCGCGCACGUCCAGCGAUAGCGGCACCGAAGCCGAUGAUGAGAGUACGGGUGUGUUAAAGGGGCUGCCGGCUCCGCCGAUUCGGCCGAGGAAGGGGUUACGCGCUGUUGAGGAUGCGGAGUCGUGGGUGCCCGGGUUGCGGUCGUUGGCGCGGGCAAGGACUCGGGGAGCGCAGAGGGAUGGCGCGAGGGCUGCGGGGGCAGGAGGGGAAAAGGGGAAUAAGGAGGGGGCGCAGGGGAAACGGGUGGAGGUUUUGAGGAGGAUGUUGGAGGUUGCGUUGGUGGCUUCUGUUGGUGCGGUGGUGGUUCGGCCGGUGGAUGUGCAGGCGAUUGCGUGGAUUUGGAGGAAGGAGAUUGCUACGUAUGGGCUGUUGGUGAGCAGUCUUUAUGCGGCGUAUCCGUUUCGCAUUUCCAGACGGAGGUCUGCGCGAUUGAAACUCCCCUCGUUCUCGAUACCUGCCAGCUUCGAUCCUGCGCCGCUCAUCUAUCCGACCCUGAUUCCGCUAUUCGUUUCGCUUUCCUUGUCGUAUCAUAGACCUGUAUUAAUACUGCCGAAUAUCCUGCUCGGGCUCUCGUCGCUGCCGACGCCGGUUAUUCCGUUACAUGCGUGGAACCAUGGCCAUAGCAUAGUCCAUUGGGUGAUUACUUUGGUUCCUCUGUGUGUGUGUGAACAUUUGGCUUGGGGAAAUGCGCCGCCCAAGCCAUUGUCACUUUACGGCAUUGAUUCGGAAGCGUUGGCUCUCGUUUUUCCUUUGCAGCAAGCAUUGGUACCCAUUCUUGAUUUCUUACUCGCUACGAGUCUUUUACCAGCAGAGCUGCAGCUGUUGGCUACGGCUCUGAUCAACCUUUAUCUCUUCGCGGCUUCUCCUCAGGCGGAGAUUCUCAAGGCGCUGUUAUGGCUGGGUGGAUUGUGCAUAUUUGUUUUCUGUCGACAUGUUCUCAGCUGGGAGGUUGCGCUGGCUAGAAUGCCUAGUUGGAAGUUUCGGCGAUAUCCGAGCAAUUCGCAGACGACGAGAGGUGUUUUGAACUUUAUCGAUCACCAAGUUUGUGAGAAAUUGAGUCGGACGGGGUGUCCGGAUGAGCUUAUGUCGGAUAGUGAAGAGGGAGAAGAUCCUCCUCCGCUGAAGUCGCGGAGAACUAUUGAAACGCCUUUGGCCGGGGGACUCAUGUCCUUUGAGAGGGCACAAGAGAAACCUGCUAGGCCUGUCGAUGCUGGGCAUAAGCGGCGGCACACUAUUUCUACUGUUGAGAAUAUUGCACCGACCAGAACUACAGCUAAGGGUCGACGGAAACGUUUGAUGGCUCCCGGGUUAGCGUCUUUCUUAUCGAUGACGGUGCCCCAGGCGACAGUACGCAAGUGGUUGUACGCGGCGUAUAUCUAUGUCGCUAUUCUGGGGAUUGCUAUAGGGCCUGUUCGGAAGUAUGUGGCUGAGAAGGCAUUGAGCGGAGAUGAGCCUUUUGGUUGGGGAUUGGGAUAUCUCUUUGGGAAUCUCUCCCUGUUCCGAUUCUGGGUGGUUGUCAGAAAUCUAGAAGGAUGGAUUCGAUUACCUGCUCGCAUCGACGUGGAUGAGGCGGGUUCAUCAUGUGUGCUUGGUUGUGUGGAACACCUGCGACAAGAGACCUUUGGGGAGGCUAAUACACGCCUGCUGGUCAGCGCAUACUGCUUCACGGUGCUCCUGGCCGGCAUGGCGAUCGUUUUUAGGCUGAGCAAUAUCGCAGAGGUUGAUACUCGGCGCAAAGUGUUCCAUGGCAUGAUGGUGUUGAUGUUCCUCCCGACGGUUUUCGUCGACCCAGCGUUCUGUUCCCUUGCUCUGGGCACCGUACUAGCCAUGUUCCUCCUCCUGGACCUGUUCAGAGCGUCUCAAUUACCGCCCAUCUCUCGACCGUUGACGCACUUCCUCGCACCCUACGUCGAUGGCCGUGACCAUCGUGGACCAGUCAUCGUUUCACACAUCUUCCUCUUAAUCGGAUGCUCGAUCCCGCUCUGGCUAUCCCUUGCCGAUAUCCCCCGCACCGGAGACGGCCCAUGGAUCGGGUGGGGCGUGCUCUCCCGGGAUGUCAGUAUGGUGAGCGGCGUCAUUUGCGUGGGGAUGGGAGAUGCAGCAGCAUCACUGAUCGGUCGACGAUUCGGCCGGGUGAAAUGGUUCUGGGGCGGAGGGAAGUCUCUCGAGGGGAGUGCCGCAUUUGCGGCUGCUGUGUUCUGCGGGUUGAUGUCUGCGCGGAUUUGGUUGGCUGUUGGCCGAUGGCCAGUCAAUGGCCAGGAAGAGCCAUUCUCAUGGAUAUGGACUAUGGUCAAAGCUGCGCUGGCAGCUGGAGGGACCAGUGCGACCGAGGCGAUUCUCACAGGAUGCAAUGAUAAUGUGGUAGUCCCGGUAGUGUUAUGGCUGCUGGUGCGAGGGCUUGAGCUUUGA